AUGGCAACUGACGAGUGGGGAACAGAACACUCUCAUAAAUGUGGCAAUGCCACUCACAAACCUCCCUCCGUACAACGAGCAGAACACCAAGAACUGGUUUUUACAGCUGGAAGCCAUUUUCUCGUUGUCGACGAAGUAGCCGACAUCUUGGAACACGUACCCGAGCAGGAGCUAUAUACUCGCCUCAAGGAGGCUAUUCUGAAACGAACCGGCCGUUCGGACGAGGAACUGCUCCGGGAACUUUUUACCCACGUCACCAGGGGCGACAGAACACCCUCACAGCUUCUACGCUUCAUGAGGAGCCGACUGGGGAAACAUUCCAUGGCCGAAUCAAUCUUGCGCGAACUGUGGAUGGACAAGUUACCCACUACCAUAACGCAGAUAUUGGCACCAAUCGCUGAUAACACUCCACUGGACCAGAUAUACGAAUGCUCCUUUCCCGCACAUCGAGAGGCCCGAUGCCGGCGACCGGCGGUUGGCGACGGAGAGCACGGAGUACCAGCAGGGGUCGACGAGUCGACCCGGAAUUAUGCUGGUACCAUCACAGAUUCGGCACCAGGGCAAAGAAUUGCUCGGCACCCUGCAAAUACAGCUCCAAAACCAAGUCGGAAAACUAAACAGCCGGCGGUGGACACGGGAGCAGCUAUCAGCGUUAUACCCCCCAAAGAACAGCAAGACCGAAAGGCGACCCCGUAUAAACUCCAGGCAGCAAACGGCUCGACGAUCGAGACAUAUGGAGCCAAGACACUGACUCUGAACAUCGGUAUGCGGCGCGAUUUUUUACAUGGACUUUCACCCAGGCAGACGCACCUCUCUCGACACAACACCACUGGAAUCAGUGUGACAACUUGCCACGGACGAGAGUACAUCGAGAUCCUAAACAGAUACUCGGACCUCAUUCAACCACUCGCAGGUACCGGUCCGGCAAGACACCAAACACAGCACCAUAUAAAGACCAGUGGACAGCCUACUUUUUCCCACCCACGACGACUUCCUCCUCAUAAGCUGGAAUACGCCCAAAAGGAGUUUAACAACAUGCUGCAGGACGGAUUUAUACGACCCUCCGAUAGCCCAUACGCCUCACCCCUACAUCUCGACUACCAAGCUGCGAUCCUGCGCGACACUCCACCCAAGGACGAACUGACUACACCACAGCACUGUCCGCGUCGACCCUCUCUCUCUGCAAGUACAGACAUCCAGGGAUCGACUGGACCUAGAACAUCGCUGGUUCCAUUCGGCCUACCUCCAAGCUGUCGCCUUGAGACCUGA